UUCAGAGUUCGGUUGCGGGACACGAGCUCCUCAGUUACUCACUCAUACAUAACGCGCGGAGGCCGCUUUUUGUGUUCUGUCUCACUUGCCGCGACUCGCGCGUGCUGCGCUUUGCUAUUUUUUUCCGAUCUAGCCGGCGUGAGAUUGGUCGUUGUCAUAGCGACGAGCAAACUACAUGUGGAACUGAGUUUUGUGAAUUGUUUUUUUAUUUGGUGGUUUGUUUUAUUGUGAAGUUGCGUUUGUUUUUUUGAAAGGACCUGCGGUUUCGAAAGGAACUUACUGGAAUUACCUCAGAUGUGUCAGAGCAAACUGCAAUAAAAAGAAACCGUAUCAAAAUCAAAAUGGCAGACAUCGCAAACGUAAUCCAGAAACCACCAAAAAAGAAUUCGAAGAAAAAACCGCCCAUCAAGACCGCCAAAUCCGAACAAAACAACAAUGAAAAUCGUACACGAUCAAAUAUCGACAACAAAGAAGACAUGUUAGCGAACUAUCAACCAUGGGUCAUACAAACAUACGGAGAUCUGGCUAAAACGAAAACUAUAACUCUCAAAAAAUACGCUCGUAUCUUACGUACUUUACGUGGCGAGGAAAUUGUGAGUGCCGAUAACAGUAAGUUUCGAUUUUGGGUGAAAGCCAAAGGGUUUUGCGUGGGACAGCCCGUUGGAUACGAUCCCAAGCCCGCGGACGGGAUCGUGGGAAGAUUCAGUGUUUGUGAUAUGGACGAUGGGAUUCCCCCUACGAACGAGAAGCUGGCCGGCAGUGCUAAAGAUCCCCCGCUGUACGUCCCCAAUGCCCCUUUUAAGAAUUCUACUGGAGAACCAGUUUAUCGAAAAGUAGCUGUAGUUGAAAAUUUCUUCGACAUUAUCUACAACGUUCACGUCGACUUGGAAGGAAGACCUGGCAAACACGCUGGACAAAAGAGAACCUACCGUACGAUAACCGAGACGUAUGCGUUUCUGCCGCGAGAAGCCGUCACCCGCUUCCUACUCGGAUGCACGGAGUGCCAGAAACACCCUCGAUCACCUUCGCCCACCUCACUAUUACCUACACCCAGUCCCAGCCCCACGUUGCCGCUGCCAACGGCAGUGCCGGCAACGUUGCAGCAGAUGGGACCCACCGCCCCCCAAGUGGCUACGCCGCUCGUAAUAAAUAAUUCGCCGGUUCAGCUAGGUGAAGACAGUUAUUAUGGAGUUAAAAAUGGAGCUGUACCUCCCCGUACCACCACACCUCCAAUGGAGCACACCAGCGUAGCCUCAACAGAGAACACUCUAACACCUACAAAGAACGCAACUUCCAUACUUAACUCUGCGUUAGAUCCUCCAAAACGAUCAAGCAACCCUUUGGACGUCUGUAACCUCACAUCCAAAGAUCCUCCUCGAAGCCCAGCGAAGCGAUCUCACACCGACUCGACACCAAAGCUUUGGUCACCCGUGGACAGUCUAGAUUACGAAGAACCGAAGAGGAAGAAGAUGAUGCUGAGCAGCAACGACAUAGACUACUCGCUUCCUAUCACCACCACUUACUUGAAGUACAUGAGGAGCUUGGGAUGUAGAGAUGAGGACGCCUUCAAGUUCGAUAACAAACACGAGAAUCUUCCCACCCCAGAGUCAUCGGAAGGAAACGAAGAUGACCAUUACGGUGGAGCUGGGGCUAUGAAAGACAGCGACAAGCUCAAGCUGAUGCUAUUGGCGUGGAACUACCAUAAUAAUCAAGGGAAUAGGAACGGCAACAGUGAUAUUCCCGAUUUGUCUUCAGUACCUGGAAGUGAAGAUAUGGUCGGUUUGUGGGCGCAGUACCAUUCUGCUUUAGGCUUGGCGAAAGGAAAGGCCACUCCACCCACAACCAGAGAUAAUUCUAGUCCAGUAAAUGCCGAAACAGGCUCAGCCCAUGACGAAACGAGUUCGAGUGGAAACAAAGAAGAUGAAGAUGAUGACGACGAUGAAAGCGACGAUAAAAUAGAUGCACAAACCCACGACCCUGAAAGACUGAAAGCAUUUAACAUGUUCGUAAGACUGUUCGUUGAUGAAAACUUAGACCGUAUGGUUCCUAUUAGUAAACAACCUAAAGAGAAAAUCCAGGCCAUAAUCGAUUCCUGCACUAGGCAGUUCCCGGAAUUUGCUGAACGAGCCCGAAAAAGAAUUCGAACCUACCUGAAAUCCUGUAGACGGAACAAAAGAGCCAGAGAUCCAAAUUCACCUUGGGAUGCGACACGACCUACUCCCGCUCAUCUUACAUCUGUACAAGCCGAACAAAUUCUAGCCACAGCCUGUGAAAACGAAAGCCAUAACGCAAAAAGGAUGAGGUUAGGACUAGAGCCCGUUAGCCAGCCAAUGCCAGUUCUUCCUGGAACUCAGCCCACAGAUUCAACAGCUCCCAUAAACAGAGGACUAGACUUCUCAAGUAGUAGUACUCCAGUGAAGAUGGAAAACGACGUCAUAUCGACAGGUUUUUCAGCGGCCAGUACUCCUUCGUCUACACCUAAUUCUUCCACCAAAGUUUUACCCUCCACUCCGGAAACUAAAACAUCGUUAAGUGUGACAAAUGCCGGGGUAUUAGGCCCAAUCGGAAUGAAUGGCCUAGGGAUCUCGAGUACGGCUUCAGCAGCCCCAACUGCCAUGUACCGACCGAAUUUUACACAGGCUUUUCAAAGGACGGGACCCUAUCCUUUGUUUCCAGGAUCAACACCUUUCGCUGCGUCUGGAGGGCUUCUGACGAACGGUCCAGCCGAUCUCAGUAUGAAACAAAAACCGAUACUGAACCACAAACUAAGCGCAGGGGAAAUGACAGCAGUGCGACAGUUGAUCACAGGAUACCGUGAGUCUGCGGCUUUUCUUCUUCGAUCGGCGGACGAGUUAGAGCAGCUUUUAAUUCAACAACAGUAGUAUAAUAUGUCUCUAAUCAAUUUUUAGUUUCAUAUGUAAAAUACGUAAAGUACGAGUAUUCAUAUAGAAUCAUAUUUGCUGGAGAGUGUCCUUUCUACAGGUAUUUGUAAUUACACUGAAACUUGUAAAUUUAUGUGUCACAUUAGUGAUGAAUUGAAGUUUUGAUAUUUUUGAGGUUAGGUCAAGAUAUUGACUAAUCCAAAACAAGUUUUUAACACAGGACAGGUCAUUGUGCUACUCCAGUUCACCUAUUCAGGAUAGGAGUAAAAGACAACCCAUAUUGUGACUGUGGCCGGGUUGGGUCGUUGAAUCAUCUGAUUUUUGAGUGCCCUAUAAAUAUGUCACCCAAUUUUGACCUAUAUAAAGAAUUAGCUAAAACAAAUAUCCCUACCCCCAUUGAAAUUUGCCUACUUAUGUCCAACCUUAAUCCACGUAGGAUUAACUUGAUCCUUAAAUUCCUUAACUUAGCUAAACUUAACUUAUAAAUUAAUCAAUUCCCAACUUUGAAUUAAAAAAUUAAGAAGAUAAAGAUAUAAAAAGAUAUUAGACCUCCAAACGAUAAUAGUUCUAACCCUUAUGUUAUAAUAUUGCCUUUCCUGUAGGGACUGUCUGGCCCUAUAAGAAGAUGUUUCUACUUAUAUUUAAAAAAAUUGAGGCUUUAGCAUAUAUAUUUGGAAACAUUCGAUUGCCCAGAGCAAGACAAGAGUAUUUCCCUGGUGUAAGCUGGGCGAAUUAUCCCGAGGGAUAUAACCCAAUAAAGGAAGAAGAAGAAGAAGAAGAAGUUUUUAACACUUCCUAUAAUAUUACAUAUUAUUAUUAUAUUGAUACAAUAUUCUCUAUGUAUACAUAAUAAUGAGCAACUCCAGGUAAUAUUAGAAGGCAAAAUCGAAGUAAAAGGGGUAUAGGAAGAAAGAAAAAUCCUGGCUUGGAAACAUCAGAGAUUGGACCCACACAACAGGGAAUGACUUAAUUCAUCAAGCUCAGAACAAAGAGAAAUUUGCCAUAUUGAUCGCCAACAUCAAUAGGGCUUUUCAUCGAUUGUCAUUUGUUUCGGGCUUCUGUCACAUGUCACAUAAUAUUAAUAUAUCUACGUCAUACGUCUUUGGUUUGUAUCAUUGGUGUAUGCCAAUAACGUAUGACGUAGAUAUAUUAAUAUUAUGUGACACAUGACGCUCGAAACAAAUGACUGUGAAUGAAAAGCCCUAUAGAGAAGGCACUUAGGAGGAGUAGGAUACAUUCAUAAUAAUCUGAAUUUUACAGGCAGAUUUAAUCUAAAAAUUCUCUUGGAACCACUUUCUGGUAACAUUCUUAAUCUCUGCCUUUUACAAUUUAUAAGGCAAGGAGACGACGAAUAAAGGAGAUGAAAGGAACUCUACAAUGUGCAAUGACAUUCCGUCUAUUCGUCUAGGAAAAAUUCCAACGAAAGUUGUUUCCCUGUACUCAAAAUACGAUUUCUCUUUAAUAGAUAUCCUAAAUCUAGAUUUAUUACAUCUAGAUUUAAUCCUAGAUUUUUCUGAACUAAAAUGAAACAUAAGUUUUUUUUAAUUGAUAUUAAGUAAGUUUGUUGCGCAGUAAAAUAACACUUGUCUGAAUAUUUUAAAAUGAACUGUCCCAUAAACAAUUCGGUUUCUUGAAUUUGGUGUUGAAUUAAACCUCAAAAAUAAAUAACGACUUAAAAUCGCACUAAUGUGACAUAUUACAUAUAUAUGAAUAAUUUCUAUCAAUAAAUGCCAUGAUUAGUUACAGACUUUUAGGAUAUAUAUCCGACAGAAACGUUGUAUUGGGUAAUUGAAGAGAAUUAAAAGAAUCAAUACUUUUAGUGACUAUUCUAGAAAAUAAUGCAACGUGAACAUAGGCUUAAAUGAAAUGAACGUCCACGGAACAAGAUAUUGGUUUUUGGCAGUGUUGCCAUGUUCUUAUAAUGUAUAUGUUCCAUGCUUCAAAUAUAAAUAGCGAAAGCUUGUAAACAGUACAUUUUUGUUAUCUAGAUUACUUUAUGGAUGCUGUAUUUUUAAUGUAUAUAAAACAACGAUUAAUUGUUUCUUUCGAUAUUACUUGCAAUGAAUUAUAAAAAUUUUUGGCAAUUCCCUUUCGAUAGAUUAGCGGAUAGAUCUGACAAUGGUGUCGGAACCCUCAAACCGCCAUAUUGCAACAGAUAUUCACCAGAUGAAAAUUGUAUGAUAAUUUCUUUAUCAUUUUGGGUUGUACGGACCAAGUGCUAUCAUUAACAACUUUUAUAGAAGCUAGUUUUCAAAAGAAACAAAAGACAGCAACAGUAUUUAUAGAUCUAACAGCAGCAUAUGAUACUGUUUGGAGACAGGGAUUAAUAUAUAAACUGGCCCGUAUUAUCCCCUGCAGAAAGAUAAUUAACCUCAUUGACAACAUGCUGACAAACAGAGCCUUCCAGGUUAUAAUGGGAAAGGAGAUGAAACUUAACAAUGGUCUUCCACAGGGUUCUGUCCUUGCCCCUUUACUUUUCAGCCUCUGUAUUAUGCCUGAAACCGAAUCUCGGAAGUUUGGAUAUGCUGACGACUGGACCCUUGCAACAAGCCACCAAUCUUUAGAAAUUACAGAAAUUACUCUCACGAAUGACCUAUCCGUCCUCAGCGAAUACCUUAAGAAAUGGAGACUAUAACCAAGUACUACAAAAACUGAAGUAUCAGCUUUUCAUCUCAACAACAAGCUGGCAAACAGAGAAUUGCGAGUGUAUUUUAAUAAUACAAUAAAUACCCGAAAUACCUUGGGGUUACUCUAGACAGAACGCUCACAUUCAGAGAACACCUUACGAAAACAGCAGCAAAAUUGAAAACACGCAACAAUAUAAUACAGAAACUCUGCGGCACUACAUGGGAGUCCACAGCAUCAACUUUAAGAUCCUCUGCUCUUGGCCUGAUAUAUCCGGUGGCAGAAUACUGUGCACCAGUGUGGCUAAAGAGCAGGCAUACCCACCUGGUCGACACCCAACUAAACCGUACUAUGCGUAUGAUAACAGGCACAAUUAAGCCCACCCCUACAAUGUGGCUACCUACCCUUAGUAAUAUAACACCACCCAACCUACGCCGCGAACAUGCAUCGGUUAAAGAAUAUAACAAAAUAAUGAACAGUCGCCAGCUUCUAGUCCACAACGACAUCCCCGAUAUUCUUGGAAACCGUCUCCGAGCCAGGUUACCCCCUCUACAAUCUGCUCAAGCGCUGCAGCAAUCCAACUUUGACUUAAAUACCGGAUGGAGAGAAGAUUGGGAAAGUAGGACAGAUCCGCAUUACGAUAGUCUACCGGACAUCAUAGGAAAACCUGGCGAAUUUUAACGUCCCCGUAAGAUUUGGGCAGCCCUUAAUCGAAUUCGAACAAACUGUGGAAGAUACGCCGACUCCCUCUACAGAUGGGGUAAACUUCCCUCGCCUUCUUGUGACUGCGGCGCUGCAAGACAGACGAUCGGACACAUUGUUCUGGACUGCCCACGCAGAGCAUACACAGGCGACCCUAUAGACUUUGUAAUGGCAACCGAAGGGUCAAUCGAAUACAUAAAGAAAACUGGACAUCUGUUUGUGAUGCAUUGUAUAUGCAUAAAUCUAAAUAUAUUCUGUGAUGUACUUAAGCCAUACGCUAAAUAAAAAAUAAAUAUCAUUUUGGGAUGUACCUCCAAUUAUACUGUUAGUUACUUGCAGUUUUGCAGUGUGCUUAUACACAUAAUUUGCUUCUUAAGAUAUUAAUUAAUAUAAUACAUUGCAUGCUCUUUCCCGAUAUUGAAUAUAUUUGACGCACACAACAUAUACAUUCUAAGGACAUGGCAACACUGCCAACCACCAAUAUUACGUUCUGUGGAGCUUCAUUCGAAGCUACCUUCACGUUUCACUAUUUUCUGCGAUUAUCCAAAUUAUGUUCGGUCGAAAAAUAUUUUUGUUAGACUGUAACUAUGUACAUAAAUGUAUUUCUUUUGUGAUGUUACAUCCUUACUGCUGAAGAGGGAGAUCGGAGUCCAGUUGAAAUGUAAAUUUGCAAUCAAAAUAAAAAUUAAAACAUUCUUGUCAUGAAUCUAGUCACGUACAGGGAAAGUGUAAUUUAAACAAAUUGUACAAAUUAAUUAUUGUAAAAAUAUUAUUUUAUUAAUUGAAUUAAAAAAUUAGAUACCUAUAUUAUUACGAAUAAAUAUUAAAUAGAAUGGUGUCAUAAUACAUAGGGCCCCAACGUUUACUUAGCAAGAAAAACAGUAUUUACAAAAAACAAAGACUUUUUGAAGCGAAACUUCUAUACUGGCGUUGUAUUAAUUUUUCUCUAUAGUAAAAUAUUGACGAGAGCGUCACGGAAGAAGAGUCCAUUUACACGACGAGGGUAGUCCGUUAUGCAAUAUGUAAACUUUUUCAAAAAACGAAUCUGAAUAGAAGAGAACUGAGAGUAACGGUUUUUUGGGCCGUAAGUGUUUAGUAGGAUAUACUGGGACAAAGAUAGCUUCCGAAUUGGGAGGAACUUCCCAGGGGGAGAUUUCCAAUGGAACAAUUUUGGAUUCACAAAGGGAAAAAGGUCUCCUCAAAAAUGAGAUAAAAUUGGACUCCCAAAGGGACCCCGAUAAGAUGAGAAAUCACAAAAAGAAAUAUGCUAAGAAAAAACAAAAGAUACAAAAUUAAUAUUAUCCUGAAAGGGGUCUCGAAAUACACGUAGAAUCGUUUUUUACAUCUUGAUGCACAACGAAAAAUAAAAUAGAUUUGGAAAGAUGGACCUGUUUAUAGAAAAAUAUUUAAAUAGAUAAUGGUACCAUUAGUCAUCGUCCUCUGGAUGGUCGGAAUAGUCAGACCAGACUUUACUUAACCUAACGGGAUAUUUUUCGGUACGUAAAUUAUUUAAGGGAUUAUGUAGAAUAAACAGAAAAUCAUUCUCGACUUCGCUAAAGCGCAGGACCGCAGUAAGGGGUGACACAACAAUAUGAUUUAAAAUAAAAAUCGGGACAAAAUCGUGUAAUUAAGUAUUAAAAUCAACUGGACUUCAAUCAACACUUCUUCUUUUUAAUUUUAAUCGUUUUAUGUUGUACAUGUGUAUAUAUAUUUCCUAUAAAAUGUAUGCAUCCAGCUGCUAGUUAAACCUCGUAUGAUAAAUUGCUAAAAAAUGUACAAAUCAUGUUUUUUAAAUAUGUAAAAUAUUUAUUUAUCAAAAAUAUGAAAAAUUACUACUUUAUUACAGGGGAUAUUUUAUUAUAUUUGAUAUGAUGUUAAGAAUUUAUUAUAAUUCAGUGUACCAAAGAAGAAAUAUUGUAAAUAUUCUAAAAUGCGCCGACAUUUUUGUAAAAAUGUUUUAUCGCUAAAGUAUUUGUUAAUGUAGACAAAUUGUAAAGAGAAUUGAAAAUGAGUAAAAGCCAAAAUUGGUAUUAAUUGAAAAAAAAUCAAAAUUUUUAUUUAUUAACUAAGUCAUUGUCGUAAGUCUAGUCAAGAGGUUGAUUUUAGUUUUUUAGUGUAUAUUUAUAGUGUUGAAGAUAUAAAGCCAAAAAUAACAAAGCACCAGGAUCACGGAAUAUAAAAAUUGAAACAAAUUGAAGGAGCAGAGGAGAUUCCAGAUGAGUGAAAACUAUCAUUCUUCUUUUUAUCACGCCGCCUCCUUUCAAAGGUUGGCCAUCCAAACGUCAAUUAAAGUUUUGGAAACUUCCACAUGAAAAAUUUCUGAAGAUGAGCGGUCAAACCAUCUCCUAAGCUCUUUCAGCCACUAGUUCUGGCAUCUUCCUACUGAUCUUAAGCCCUGUACUUUACCUUCUAAUAUGAUUUUAAUAAUAUGGUAGGUAUUGUAUUUUUCUUUCUUUGAUUAUUUUUAGUAAUUGCAUUUGUUUGUUAAUGCGCCGAAGUACCUCACUGUUAGAAACUUUUUGUACCCAUGGAAUUCUCAGCAUCCGUCUGUAUGCAUACAUCUCAAAGGCAUCUAUUCUCUUUUCUGUUUCAGAGUCCAUUGUCCAACUUUCACAGCCAUACAGCAAGACAGAAAACACAUAACAUCUGAUCAUUCGGAUUCUGAGCUCCAGACUAAGGUCUGAUCUUGCAAAAAAUGUUUUCAUGUUCAUGAAAAAAGAUUCAUGAGUGUAUAGCGAUACGCUUUAAUUACUAUUUUUGCUAAAUUUUUAAUAACUUUUCACAAAACGAAAUAACAUUAGUCAUUUAAAAUUCACAUUUAAUAUACAAACCAUAUGCUAACAAGGGCCGUUAAGUUUAAGAAACGAAAUAUAUCCCUAAGCAGAUUGUAUAAAAUUAAUGUUUUUUUCAAGGAAACACUAAUAGAUUUCGAGGCCAGAUUGCCACGCCCUUUAUGUCAACUUCUUAAACUACAGAAAGGUUCUCAUCUUUUAAAACGCAGAUGUAGUAAUUUAUUGCCUUUCUAGCCAUAUUGUAAAACCGCAAGCAUGGUGACAUAAUAGAGUGUGGUGGUCUCGCAGUAUCGACACAGCAGGCGCGCGGUUCAGACACACCCUCGCUAAAACAACAACAAAACCCUUACGAGAUAAUAAACGAAGCACGCUUGUUUACCCA